UGCCUCGGGAGCGCGCCCAUGCAUCGGGAGCGCGCGUAGAUGAACCGGGAACGCGACGGAGAGACCGAUCAGGCGGCGAGCAGCAGGUCGGUCGGUCGGUGAGCGCAGAGACACGGACCGCGUGAAGUGCAGGCGACGAAACCCCCGAAGCGCUGGUGUCGGCGGCGGCUCCUGUGGACUAACAUUGACGGGGAGCGUGAUUCGAGCGGACCGACGGACGGACGGACGGACGGAGAGGGUCAGAAACGCUGUCCACCAUGACGGGGAGCAGGGAGGAGGAGAGGAGGAAACUGGCCGACAUCAUCAACCACUGGAACGCCAACCGGCUCGACCUGUUCGAGAUCAGCCGGCCCACGGAGGACCUGGAGUUCCAUGGUGUCAUGCGGUUCUACUUCCAGGACCGGGUUGCUGGUAACUUUGCCACCAAGUGCAUCCGAGUGUCCAGCACAGCAACGACGCAGGAUGUCAUCGAGACGCUGGCCGAGAAGUUCAGACCCGAUAUGAGGAUGCUCUCCUCUCCCAAAUACUCCCUGUACGAGGUCCACGUCAGCGGUGAGCGUCAGCUGGAUCUGGACGAGAAGCCUCUCGUUGUUCAGCUGAACUGGAACAAAGACGACAGAGAGGGCCGGUUUGUCCUGAAGAAUGAAAACGACAUCCUGCCCAAGAAGAGUCAGAGUAAUGGGCCAGAGAAGGAAAAGGAUGGAGUGAUUCAGAACUUCAAGAGGACUUUGUCCAAGAAAGAGAAGAAGAAGGAGAAGAAGCGGGAGAAGGAGUUCACCCGAAUUCCUGACGGAGACGAGCAGAUGCUGAGCCGGGAGGACGGAGAAAACAGCCGUCUGGCAGCAGAGGUCUACAAGGACAUGCCGGAGACCAGCUUCACCAGGACCAUCUCCAACCCGGAGGUGGUGAUGAAGAGAAGGCGCCAGCAGAAACUGGAGAAGCGCAUGCAGGAGUUCAUGAGCAGUGAUGGGAGGCCAGACUCAGGAGGUACUUUGCGGAUCUAUGCAGACAGCCUGAAGCCCAACAUCCCCUACAAGACCAUCCUGCUCUCCACAAGAGACACGGCCGACUUCGCUGUGGCGGAGGCGUUGGAGAAGUACGGCCUGGAGAAGGAGAACCCCAGAGAGUACUGCAUUGCUCGGCAGGAUGAUAAGUCGAGCAAAGAGGUGAUUCUGGAUGAUAACGAGUGUCCGCUGCAGAUCCUCAGAGACUGGCCCAAUGACAGAGAGGCACUAGUGUUCCAGCUGAAGAAGAGACCGCCUGACUACCAGGCGAGGAAGGGAAGGAAAGUGGACGACAAGGGCUUCAGAGGGAAGGACGGCAGCAGCUCCCUGCCUCCUGAGAAACUGCCUUAUCUGGUGGAGCUGAGUCCAGGGCGAGGGAAUCACUAUGCCUACUACGCCUAUCGGCACCAUGAAGACGGGUCUGACUCUCGGGACAAGCCCAAGCUGUACCGGCUUCAACACAGCAUCACUGAGGUUGGCUCAGACUGCACAGAGGACGGCGCUAUUCAGCUGCUCGGCCCCGGGAUUCUCCCCCAUCACUGCAACCUCAUGCACAGUGAAGGCAUGGUGACCGUGACGCCGCACGGCCCCGACGCCGACACCUUCGUGGACGGACAGCGCGUCACUGAGACCACGGUGCUGCGUCCGGGCUCCACCCUCCAGUUUGGCUCCGCGCACGUCUUCAAGUUUGUGGACCCAAUGUUCGACCAGGCCGGGAAGAGGGAACCAGCCAUGAUGAGGAGCCGGAACAAGUCUGGCAGCGUACCUGAAACCACCUUCGACCUUCACGGAGACGUCCACAGUGGCUCUGCCCUUCCCACCAGCAAGAGCUCAGGGAAGCUGGAAAUGGAGCGAGGGAUGGUGAAACCCAUAAUCAGAGGAGAGCAGCAGGACAUCCGAUCUCAGGAUAUUUCAGCAGACAGAAGUGAACUGACUUUGCCAGCCAGCAUUGAGUUCAGAGACAACUCUGAAGACACCUUCCUCUCCGCCAUCAUCAACUACACCAACAGCUCCACGGUCCACUUCAAGCUCUCGCCCACCUACGUCCUGUACAUGGCCUGCCGCUACAUCCUGUCGCCGUCCUACCGACCCGACAUGUCGCCGUCCGAGAGGACGCACAAGGUCAUCGCCAUCAUUAACAAGAUGGUGAGCAUGAUGGAGGGAGUCAUCCAGGAGAUUCCUGAAGGGGAUCAGAAGCAGAAGAACAUCGCAGGAGCUCUGGCUUUCUGGAUGGCCAACGCCUCGGAGCUGCUCAACUUCAUCAAGCAGGACAGAGACCUGAGUCGCAUCACACUGGACGCGCAGGACAUCCUCGCCCAUCUGGUGCAGAUGGCUUUCAAGUACCUGGUCCACUGUCUCCAGGCUGAUCUGAACAACUACAUGCCUGCCUUCCUGGACGACCCAGAGGAACACAAUCCACAGAGGCCCAAGAUCGAGGACGUCCUACACACCCUGACAGGAGCCAUGUCUCUGCUGAGGCGGUGUCGGGUCAACGCCGCGCUCACCAUCCAGCUCUUCUCGCAGCUCUUCCACUUCAUCAACAUGUGGCUGUUCAACAAGCUGGUGACGGACACGGAGUCGGGGCUGUGCUGUCACUACUGGGGCGCCAUCCUCCGGCAGCAGCUCAGCCACAUCGAGGCCUGGGCUGAGAAGCAGGGUCUGGAGCUGGCUGCUGACUGCCACCUCAGUCGAAUAGUGCAGGCCACCACCCUCCUGACCAUGGACAAAUACUCCAUGCAGGAUGUGCAGAACAUCCAUAACACCUGCUUCAAGCUUAACUCCCUGCAGCUGAACGCCCUCAUGACCAAUUACCACUGUGCUCCAGAGGAGCCUCCCAUCCCGCCUGAGCUCAUAGACCACGUGGUGGCAGUGGCAGAAAACACUGCGGAUGAGCUGGCGAGGAGCGACGGGAGAGAGGUUCAGCUGGAGGAGGACCCAGACCUCCAGCUGCCUUUCCUCCUCCCUGAAGACGGCUACUCCUGUGAUGUGGUGCGGAGCCUCCCUAAUGGCCUGCAGGACUUUCUGGAGCCACUGCUGCAGAGAGGUUUCUGUCGAUUGAUCCCACAUCCCCGCUCGCCUGGUACCUGGACUGUCCACUUUGAAGGAGCCGACUGUGACAGCCACUUCUCCGCCAUUGACAGCGCUGAGAUGCCAAUGAGGAAAGAGCCAGAGGUUGUCACGGUAACGCUGAAGAAGCACAACGGCAUGGGCCUGAGCAUCGUUGCCGCCAAGGGCGCUGGACAGGAGAAGCUCGGCAUUUACAUCAAGUCAGUCGUCAAAGGAGGAGCCGCCGACAUGGACGGCCGCCUGGCUGCAGGCGACCAGCUGCUGAGUGUGGACGGACGCAGUCUGGUCGGUUUAUCACAGGAGAGGGCAGCGGAGCUGAUGACGAGGACGGGCUCAGUCGUGACUCUGGAGGUCGCCAAGCAGGGAGCCAUUUACCAUGGACUGGCCACGCUCCUCAACCAGCCCAGUCCCAUGAUGCCCAGAGCGUCAGACAGAGGCCGUGAGAAGAACGGGAAGAUGCGACCAAAGAGCGAGGGCUUCGAGCUGUACAGCAACUCUGUGCAGAACGGCUCUCCGGAGAUCCCACCGGCGGGAUGGGACUCCUACCCUGAACCAAAGAAGAUGAGCGGUGAAGAUCGGCUCCUGAAGAACCGAGCCGACCACCGCUCCAGUCCCAACGUAGCCAAUCAAGGCCAGAGUCCUGCAGGCAAAGCAGUUUACCCCGGAGGACCUGGAACUAAGAUCACCUCUGUGUCCACUGGAAACCUUUGUGCAGACGACGAGCCCUCUCCGCCGCGCCCUGAAGCCUAUCCAAUCCCCACCCAGACCUACUCCAGGGAGUACUUCACUAUUCCUGCAUCCAAGAGCCAGGAUCGGGUCCUGGCCCCGGGGCAGGGGCCUCCACAGCACUGGCAGGGUGUGGAGGACAGAGAACACCUCCCUGGGAUCGACAACAUCCUCAGCAACAGCAUGCAGCGGCCAGAUGAGCGCAUGCAGCCUCACUACCAGCAGGACUACCAGCACCGGGACAUGGAGUACCAGCACCGUGAAAUGGACUACCAGCACCGGGACAUGGAGUACCCAGCGAGGUCCACAAGGAGUAGUAGGAGACUCGACCACUGGGCUCCUCAGCCGCAGGUCUCCUCCUCGCUGGAGUCGUCCACGUCGAGCCAAGAGCACCUCAACUUCUCCGCCUCCUCCUCCUCCUCCAACAAGACCCAGAACCAGAAGACGGGUCCGGGCCGAUGGAAGACGCCCAACACCCCCCACUCUGUGCCGCCGCACACGGCUCAGCCCUCCCGCUCCGACCUGCCGCCUCCGCCGCCGCCUCCACCCGCCGCCUACCCCGACGCCUACGACCCACAGCCCGACCUGCCGCUGCCGCCGCCUCCCGCCGCCGUGACGCCCAUCACGGCCCAGCAGGCGGCCGACCGCAAGAAGCGAGAGGAGCAGCAGCGCUGGUACGAGAAGGAGAAAGCUCGGUUGGAGGAGGAGAGGGAGAGGAAGAGGAGAGAGCAGGAGAGGAAGCUGGGCCAGAUCCGGGCCAACCCCGUCAUGCCCGUCCAACCUCACAACAAUGGAGGCGUCAUGCCCCCCCCUCACCACCUGCCCCCCAUGGCACCGCAGUCCUACCUCCCCCCACAGCCUCAGCCACAGCCGCCCCCAUCCAGACCAGAGAAACUGGCCAGCCUGCCGCGGUCGACGGGACCCCCACCAGCUAGUGCCUCCACCCCGGGCGGUCCUGCCGGCAUGGACACUGUGAUCAGGGAGCUCCUACCACAGCAGCAGCCGCGGACCAUCGAGAGGCGAGACCUGCAGUACAUCACCAUUAGUAAAGAGGAGCUGACGUCCAGCGACAGUCUGUCCCCAGACCCCUGGAAGAGGGACGCACGCGAGAAGGCCGAGAAGCAGCAGCAGCUUCACAUCGUGGACCUGCUGGACAAGGAGAUCCAGGAGCUGCAGGCAAAGCCGGAGCGAACAGCGGAGGAAAGCGACCGCCUCAGGAAGCUGAUGCUGGAGUGGCAGUUCCAGAAGCGUCUGCAGGAGUCCAAGCAGAGCGACGAAGACGAGGAGGAGGAGGACGACGAAGACAUGGACACCAUAAUAAUGAUGCAGAGGCUGGAGGCGGAGAGGAGAGCCAAGUUGCAGGACGAGGAGCGCCGCCGCAAGCAGCAGCUGGAGGAGAUUCGCAAGCGGGAGGCGGAGGAGCGGGCGAAGCAGGAGGAGGAGAGGAGGUGGAGGGAAGAGGAGCGCGUCCGACGAGAGGCUGAGGAGAAGAGGAGGCAGGAGGAGGAGUACUACGCUCGCCUGGAGGCCGAGCGGCGCCGGCAGCACGAUGAGGCUGAGAGAAAGCUGCUGACGCCUGACGAGCCGGCCGGUCUGUAUCGGCCCCCGCUGCCCAGGGAUUACCAACCCCCCACCCCCUACAGCCCUACUAACACCCCCCCGCCCCCGCCACAGAGAAACACCUCCUACCUCAAAACCCAGGUGGCCUCGCCCGACACGCUCUACACCGCCAAGUUUGUCUCCUACGCGGGCGAUGAGGAAGACGAGGAGGAAGGCAAGGAAGCCACCAGAGCAGGAAGCGGAUUUAACUCGUACACUGGAAACUCAACAGGAGUUGUAGGAUCAGGAGAAAUCUACAAGGACCCGAGAGACAAAUGGACGAAGAAUCAGGAGCAGGAGAACUCGAUCCCCAGCGGCGCUCCGGAGAGUCUGACCUUCAAGGAGCGCCAGCGUCUCUUCUCUCAGGGGAAGGAGGUUUCCAACAAGGUCAAAGCUUCUCGCAAACUCAUGGAGCUGGAGAACGAGCUCAACACCAAGCAGUAGACCCGGCUUGAGCCCCCGUAACAGGAGCGUUGAGGUGCCCCAGGGGCGGAUCUGGGUCCGGAGCCGGCAGCGCUGACCGCCUCCUCCUUUAUUGUUCUUUUCCCCUUCAUUUUUUUUAUUUUAACCAUUGAGUAACUGGACUGUUCACUUUUGCCCUCGCGUUAUCGUUGCAACAGAAGCGUUUGUUUAAUGAUCUGUUGUCAGAGAUAUGUAACGAUAAAGCACUGUAAAAAAGGUCUAAUUAUAUCAAGUGACAAUUUGAGAAUCACAACAGAGGGGGUCUAUUUUUGUUUGUAAAAUGGUUCUUGGGGCGAGGGAAGGAGAGAGGUUUAUUUUCACCUUCAUUUUUUUUAAAAAGCUCGCAGAAACACAAAUGUGGAUUUUAUGGUGUUUUAUGCUUUUUGUUUGUAUUUUUCUUUCCACUCAGACGCUCAAAGCUGAGCUCCAGACCAAUCUCUCUCUUUUUAUUUUGUUGUUUUUUUAAUGACUCAGUGAGUGGAGACACUGUUAUUUCAUUCUGUAGCAAGGAAGCAUGGGAUUUUUGAUUUUUGUUUUUCUUGUGAUGUUUUAGAAUGAUUCCUCUGGCGGCGCCGUACAGUCAGGAGGAGGAUCUUUAAGUGCACAACAUUACUGUAAAUAUUCAGGUCCACAACUGUCUCACUUAUUUACUACUGUAGAAACACGCCAGACUCCAAACUGCAGAACUAAUGUGAUUUAACAGAACUUUGGUGACGGGGGUUUCGGCCAAAGCUGGGUUUUCUGCUGCUCCUCGCCGUCAGUGGGUUGAUUUGUUUUUGGUGUUUGGCCCUAGUCUGACGCAACUUUACUGUCUUCAUCAUCCUUUUGCUUGGUUGUAUGAAGUUAACUGGAGUGAUUAGAACCUAAAUUCAAGCCCAGAACACUUCUUUAACUUGGUGUGAUUGUUGGUUGGUUUCAGAAUUUAAACACAAAGUUAACACUACUUUAAAUCCUUGCUCCUUUGCUUGAAGAAUAUUUAUUUCAAACCUUGUGGAAAAAAAAAUCAUACUUGCACAAAACCUUGUUUUUAAUAUUCUAUCUAUCUAAUCUAUCGGAAGCUGUUUAAGAAGUGGAUUCUAUUUGGGACCUCUCAUACUGUGGUAAUCUGUUGCUUUUUGUGUUCAAGAGAAGCUGUUGGGUUUUGCACCAGGUGUAGUUAAAAGGACUGAAGUUAAGGUGACAGAAUUGUGACUAUAUAAAUAUAUGUAUACACACAAUUUACGUAAUCACCUUCACCACCUCUGCUGUUGUAGAAAAGGAAGACACUUCAAACCCAGUGUCUCCCAGUUAACAAAUAAAAUCUGAAUAGUGAUACUUCACGUGUUUCUCUGCGGUUCGUUUGAGUGACCAGCUUGUGUGUGGAUUUAUUUUCUCUCUCCAGGAGCCUCCACUAAAACAGAUUCUACACCACGAGAUGAGACGCUGUUAGAAUAACUGACCUGUAAAAACACUACAGCUGCGUCGCCUUUGUCCUCCGCCCCCAAAUGAACUGAGUCAUUGAAAUGGUUUCAUGUUUAGCCUUUUGUAAAUCAUUAAUAAACACAGAUUUUUCAACA